ACCCUAAUUUCAUUUUCAUAGCCUCCACCACUUCACUCACUCACUCACAGCUUCUUCUUCUUCUUCCUAAAACCCUAGUCUCUCCCUUUUCAACCACCAUGUCUCUCUCCGAGACCAAGAAGAAGAAGCACCGCAGCGCCACCAAAACCCACGACGGAGCCGCCACCACCGAAGAUGACCACCACACCAAAGACGAACCACAGUUCAUGAUCAAACCCGAGAAGCUCACACCCACCAUCGACACCUCCCAGUGGCCCAUCCUCCUCAAAAACUACGACCGCCUCAACGUCCGCACCGGCCACUACACCCCUCUCCCCUCCGGCUACUCCCCUCUCAAACGCCCCCUCCCGGAGUAUCUCAAAUACGGCGUCCUCAACCUCGACAAGCCUGCUAACCCUUCCUCCCAUGAGGUCGUCGCCUGGAUCAAACGCCUACUCCGCGUCGAGAAAACCGGCCACAGCGGCACUCUUGACCCCAAGGUCACCGGGAAUCUCAUUGUCUGCAUUGACAGGGCCACCCGCCUUGUGAAGUCGCAGCAGGGUGCUGGGAAGGAGUAUGUCUGCAUUGCCCGACUUCACUCUGAUGUUCCUGAUGUUUCCAAGGUUGCUCGCGCCCUCGAGACGCUCACCGGUGCUGUGUUUCAACGCCCGCCGUUGAUCUCUGCUGUCAAGCGCCAGCUCAGGAUCAGGACCAUUUAUGAGAGUAAGCUUCUUGAGUAUGACCCUGAUAGGCAUUUGGUUGUUUUUUGGAUUUCAUGUGAGGCUGGUACCUAUGUUAGGACCAUGUGUGUUCAUUUGGGUUUGGUUCUUGGCGUUGGUGCUCAUAUGCAAGAGCUUAGGAGGGUUAGGUCUGGGAUCAUGGGUGAGAAGGAUAACAUGGUUACUAUGCAUGAUGUUAUUGAUGCUCAGUGGGUUUUUGAUAAUUAUAGGGAUGAGAGUUAUUUGAGAAGGGUUGUUAUGCCUUUAGAGGUUCUUUUAACUAGCUAUAAGAGGUUGGUUGUGAAGGAUUCUGCUGUGAAUGCUAUCUGUUAUGGUGCCAAGUUGAUGAUUCCUGGCUUGCUGAGGUUUGAGAAUGAUAUUGAGGCAGGGGAGGAGGUUGUGCUUAUGACCACCAAGGGGGAAGCUAUUGCUCUUGGGAUUGCUGAGAUGACUACUGCUGUGAUGGCGACUUGCGAUCACGGUGUGGUUGCUAAGAUCAAGAGGGUGGUGAUGGAUAGAGAUACCUAUCCCAGGAAGUGGGGUUUGGGCCCUAGGGCUUCAAUGAAGAAGAAGCUGAUUGCUGCGGGGAAGCUGGAUAAGCACGGGAAGCCGAAUGAGAGCACUCCCCAAGAGUGGAUGAGGAAUCUGGUUUUGCCUGCUGGUGGGGAUAGCAUGAUUGCCGGUUUGGCUGCUGCUGCUCCUGAAGCUGAUGAGGCGAAGAAAGGCAUUGCUGUAGAAGAGGGUAAGAAGGAUGGAGAUGGGGAAGGGCGUAAGAGGAAGAAACAUGAAAGCACUGAUAGCCCUGCUUCUGUUCCGGCUAAGAAAGUGAAAGUUGAUGUGGUUGUAGACGAAGGGAAAGUAAAGGUGGAGGUUGAGGGUGAGAAGAAAGAGAAGAAGAAGAAAAAGAAGAAGGACAAAGAGAAUGGUGAAGUGGCAUCUUCAGAUGAGGAGAAAGCUGGAAAGGAGAAGAAAAAGAAGCACAAGGUAAAGGUUGAAGAUGGUUCACCAGAUUUAGACAAGUCUGAGAAGAAAAAGAAGAAGAAGAAAGACAAAGAUGCUGAGGAUAAUGCUGCUGAAAUUAGUAACGGAAAGGAGGACAGUAAGAGCGAAAAGAAGCAUAAGAAAAAGAAAAACAAGGACGCAGAGGAAGAAUAAAAUAGAGGCAUAAUUUUGUGUUUUGAUAAGUGGACUUGUUAUGUAAUGCCUAUUUCUUCUUAAUUCUCAAGUUUACUUUGUUAGUUUGUUUAGUGUUAGUUGGUUAUUUCUUCAACUUUUCGAUAAAUUUUGAUGCUUUUUCUCAUUUCUCCCAACAAUUAUGUUUUUGAAUUUAAGCCGUAUGUAUCAUCUUUCUGAUCA